AUGAAAUUUGCAGAGCAUUUGCGAGAAUCCGCAGUACCAGAAUGGAUCGACAAGUACAUCGAUUACAAGGCGGGUAAAAAAAAACUCAAGUCUUGCAGGCAUUCAAUCGAUGCAAGCCAGGUGCUCAUCAACAACGUCUCGAUUUCGCAACCAACGGGUGUGGCCGUACCAGGCAACAAGAAUGCCAGAUAUCUGACUCAAAACGCGUACACCGCGGCCCAAAAACAUUUUGUGAUUGAUUUUGUGGAAAAAUGGGUCAUUGACCAAGAGUUAGAGAAGUGCAACGAUUUCUACCUAUGGGAAGUAAGUCGCUGCGGCAAGCGAUUUGCUGUAUUACAAGAGCAAAUAAAUCGCUACGAACUUCACAAAGAACAGUUGCAGCAUGAAGAAGCAGGUCGAUUCAUGUCUACCUACAAAUCCUACGGGUCAGUAAACUCCUUGGACCAAAAUAAAUCAUCGCCAGUCAUCCCAAAAAAUACUUGGAUACGCCAUAUUUCGAGCUACUUACAAGAAAUUGAGCUCAUGCCUUCUUUGCCAAAUUUUGUACCUUUCAAACGCCUUAUAGGAAAAGGGCCCGAGCUCAAAGGCCCAUCGGCCAUAGGGCAUGGAGAGACUUUUACCCCUGUGGCCUUGAGCGGUAAUCAAAUUCGACAGCGUCUUUCGGAUGCUUUGAUUGAAGAAUAUCUCUUGAUUCAGCUCAUCAAGAACUAUAGAGAGGUAAACGUCACCGGUUUUCGCAAAAUUGUCAAGAAAUUCGACAAAACUUGCGGCACUAGUGAGUUACCACACUUUAUGGAUUAUGCCAAGAAGUCAUUCCCUCUCUUUCAGGAUGCAGAUGCUAAUGCCAAAAUUCUCGCUCACAAUAUUAGAGAUUCCGUGAUGCUCCGUCAACCUGCCAAAAUAACCUCCAGCACUGAAGUGUCUGAUCCACUUUUAGCAUGGGAGCAAAAAAUCACCACUUGGUAUACUGACGUUCUUUCCAUUUCGUCAAAAGACCGUAAGGGAAAAAUAGCAAGAUUAAAGAAUAUCUCUUUAGAAUAUUCCUUGAGCGAAAGAAAGGUACACCGCUUCAAUCGGUCCAUUCUUCAAAUGUUUGUGGGUGGGUUUUGUGUGGGUGCGGCUUUAACGCUGAUCGGUUACACGUUAUAUGUGGGUUUCACAGCUUCAACGGUAUCUAACAUACACACGCUCAACCUUCCUUUAUGGGGCGGUUGGUACAUGGUUUUCCUCAUGUGUUAUCUUUUCUUAUUGGAUUGCUUCAUUUGGCAUAAGAACAAUAUCAAUUAUAGAUUUAUCAUGUUUGGGGAAAUGCAUUCUCGUCAUGGAGCUGUGCUUUUCAAUAAUGAUUUUUCGGUGACCAAAAUUCCACUUAUAUUUUAUUUCUCAAGUGUUCUGGUCUUACCAAUGGCCAUUCUGAGUGCACUCAGUUUCCACAGUGAGAAAUUAACCCCAUAUUCGAUUAUAUGGAUUGUCCUUGCUGUGAUUCUGUUUCUUUUACCUUCUCUCGGCAAAACUCCAUAUGUAGGAAUUCCUUACUGGAACAAACUCAAGACUUCUGUAAUAUGGCUCAUUGUGACUUUUAUCAGAUUGGUGUUUUCUGGUUUCUUCCCAGUCCAGUUUGGGGAUUUCUUCUUGGGUGAUAUCUUUUCUUCAUUAACUUAUUCGAUGGGUGACAUUGCGCUGUUUUUUUGCGUAUACUCUGGAACACCAAACGGGCUGUGUGGCUCAUCGCACUCAAAAUCUAUGGGUGCUUUAACCUGCUUGCCAAAUUUUUGGAGAUUUAUGCAAUGCAUAAGAAGAUUUUCAGAUUCUGGAGAUUGGUUCCCGCAUUUAUUGAACGGAUUGAAAUAUAUCUUAGGUAUCUGCUAUUAUGCUUCUCUUUGCGCGUACCGAUUAUCGCGUACCCGCGAAAGGAGGGACGUUUUCAUCGUUUUCGCAGCUCUCAAUGCUACUAUCACGUCUGUAUGGGAUAUUAUUAUGGACUGGUCGCUCUUACAAAUUAAUUCACGGAAUUGGCUCUUGAGAGAUGACCUUUAUUUGGCAGGACGGAAAAACUGGAAGACUGGGGUCUACUCAAGGAGACGUAAAGUAAUUUACUAUGCGGCCAUGGUUUGGGAUGUGCUUAUGAGAUUCCAAUGGGUUGUGUAUGCUGUAGCACCUGCAACCAUGCAACAGAGCGCUGUCACAACAUUUAUUUUGGCAGCCCUUGAGGUUUCUCGCCGUUUCGUAUGGGUCGUAUUCCGUGUGGAAAACGAGCAUGUUGCCAAUGUUCAUCUGUUCAAAGUAUCAGGCGAAGUCUCUCUCCCGUUCCCUAGUACUGUCAGCGUGGAUACUGAUACAGAAGCAUCUAUCAGUAGUGGGCACUAUUCUUUAUCGGAUGUUAAUAAUCCUCAGUUGCCAAGUGCGGUCUACAGAGGUGAAGGACCCCAAAGAUCGAAAUCGAGCGGUCUCUUCAAAACUUUCAGCAAAUCAAUUCCUUGGGCUCAUGCAAGAGAUUUCCAGAGACCAGAAAGCUGCACGGAAGAAGACAAACCUCAGGAUAGUGAUGCGAGCGAAAGCGAGGCUGAGAGUGCUAUGUAA